UUAGUUUGUGGCAGUAUGGCGGAAGUAGUAGCAGAGGAGGUGGAAUCCAAUGAAGAGUCUACAGACGAGUCUGAGGAAGAAGAAAGUGAAGACGAACCUAAGCUGAAGUAUGAGCGGUUGGCAAAUGGGGUCACUACAGUUUUGCAGAAUGAUGCAGCAAGCUGCAUGAUUGUACAUGACAAGUUUCUUGCACUGGGAACGCAUGGUGGCAAGGUGUUUCUACUAGAUGUCCAAGGGAAUGAAAUUGAGAAGUUUGAAAUUAGCUCUGUGAAGAUAAAUCAGAUCAGCCUAGAUGAUGGCGGAGACUAUAUUGGUGUCUGUUGUGAAGAUGGCAAGGUGCAAGUAUUUGGACUGUACUCCAAAGAAGGAUUUCAUGAAAACAUGGACUACCCUGUUAAAGUAGUUGCUUUACAUCCUCAUUUUGGAAAAUCCAGCAUUAAACAAUUUGUAACAGGAGGAAACAAGCUACUGUUAUAUGAAAGGAACUGGCUGGGCAGAUGGAAGACUGCAGUAUUACAUGAAGGUGAAGGACCAAUUUCUAACAUAAAAUGGAGGGACAACCUGAUUGCCUGGUCCAACAGUGUGGGUGUAAAGAUAUAUGAUACAGCCACAAAACAGCGAAUUACUAGUGUACCUCGUGACAACACAAGCCUUCGAUCAGACAUGUACCCAUGUAGACUGUGCUGGAAGGAUAGUGUUACACUUAUCAUUGGAUGGGGAAAUUCCAUUAAGAUUUGCUCUGUAAAGGAAAGGCAUCCUAAUGAACUGAGAGACUUGCCCAGUCGUUAUGUCGAAAUAGUGUCAGCAUUUGAAACAGAACAAAAUAUGUACAUCAGUGGUAUUGCUCCUCUUGGCGAUCAGUUAGUGAUAUUGCAUUAUGUGAAAGAGGACCUAGAACAAAUGGAAAAGCAGAACCAUGCAAGGCCAAGACUUGAUAUUGUCCAACCACUUUCUGAAUCAUGUGAAGAAAUCUCUUCUGAUGCUCUAACUGUAAGAGGCUUCCAAGGAAACGAGUGCAGAGACUAUUCUUUAGAACAUGCUGAGGGGGAAUCUCACUUCUACAUCAUCAGUCCAAAAGACAUAGUUUUUGCAAGAGAACGAGACCAAGAUGACCACAUUGACUGGCUACUAGACAAGAAAAAAUAUGAAGAAGCUCUUAUGGCAGUUGAAAUUAGCCAGAAGACUGUGAAACGGCACAAAGUGAAAGAUAUUGGCUUAGCUUUUAUAAAUCACUUGGUGGAAAUAGGAGAAUUCGAUAAAGCUGCAAGAAAAUGCCAGACAGUAUUUGGAAAAUCAAUGGAUCUCUGGGAGAAUGAAGUUCUCAGAUUCAAAGAAAUAGGGCAGCUAAAGGCAAUUAGUCUCUACUUACCAAGAGGUGACCAGCGACUAAGGCCUUUAAUUUAUGAAAUGAUUUUACACGAGUUUUUGAAGAGCGACUAUGAGGGGUUUGCUACACUGAUUAAGCACUGGCAGGGAAUGUACAACAACAAGACUGUAGUACAAGCGGUGCUCGAUCAUUUGAGGAGAGAUCCACAGAAUAAAAUUCUGCUUACGACCCUUGCUGAACUGUAUGCAUAUGACCAGCGCUAUGAUAAGGCACUUGAAAUCUACCUGAGGCUACGUCAUGAAAAUAUUUUCCAACUAAUACAUAAACACAGUCUCUUUGAUGCCAUCAAAGACAAAAUUGUUCUGCUUAUGGAAUUCGACAAAGAGAAAGCAGUUGACAUGCUACUAGACAAUGCAGACAAAAUUUCAAUUGAAAAAGUUGUGGAGAGCUUAGAAAGUCGACCAGAAUAUCAACAUCUUUAUUUACAUAAACUUUUUAAAAUGGACCACCACAAAGGGAAGCAGUACCAUGAGAAACAGAUCAGCCUGUAUGCUGAGUAUGACCGAUCAAACCUCUUGCCAUUUCUACGGGACAGCACACACUGCCCAUUGGAAAAGGCACUUGAGAUAUGUCAACAAAGGAACUUUGUGGAAGAAACUGUCUUUCUCCUCAGUCGAAUGGGAAAUAGCCACCAGGCUCUACAGAUGAUUAUGAAAGAGAUGCAAGAUGUAGACAAAGCUAUUGAAUUUGCUAAGCAGCAAGAUGAUGCAGAACUUUGGGAGGAUCUUAUUUUGUACUCAAUUGACAAGCCACCUUUUAUCACUGGCUUACUGAAUAAUAUUGGCACACAUGUGGACCCCAUUCUUCUAAUCCGCAGAAUUAAAGAGGGCAUGGAGAUUCCGAACUUGAGAGAUUCGCUGGUUAAAAUACUCCAGGAUUACAAUUUACAGAUUCUACUGCGAGAGGGAUGCAAGAAGAUUAUUGUCUCUGAUUGCUUGACCUUACUGAAAAAGAUGCAUAGGACUCAAAGAAGAGGUAUCCGUGUGGGUGAAGAAAAUAUUUGUGAAUCAUGCCAUAAUGCCUUGCUUCCUGGAGAUGGUGCACAGUCCUUUAAAGUAGUGGUGUUCAACUGUAGACACAUGUUCCACUUAGAGUGUCUGCGUGUUGAUGAUGAAAAUAUCCUGCAGUUCUGUAACAUUUGCAAUGCGAAACGCCGCGGACCAGGCAGUGGAGUGAUUGAGCUGUAGAUGUGAUGAUGCUCAGUUUCCGUUGUGAUGCUGUACAUUUACUAAAUGUUCACUGUAACCCACAAGCUCAGUUGCUUAAAAGAACAAAAAUGUAACCAUACGGCUGUACAUAUAUUCUUUUAUUUUAACAAGGAAGUUUCUGAUUUACACUUUUCUGAUUUGCUGUUUAUUGAAGAGUGCUGAAGCUGUUACUUUUUCCUGGAAUGAUCACAGUGUCAUAUAUGAGAUAUUUAAACCUGCCGUUUGCAUUUGAAAAUAUUAAUUAUUUCCUCAAUGAAACAUCUUGGUAAUAAAAGACAGUCUAAUAAAAAUAAAAUAUUUGGAAGAAGUA